AUUAGGGUAGAUAUGGAGCCUAUGACUUCAGAGAUGAAGCCGGUUCAGAACAAUGCACCGAGGAGACCUCGUAUUCUGCUUGCAGCAAGUGGAAGUGUGGCUGCUAUAAAGUUUGCCAAUCUAUGCCGUUCCUUUACUGAAUGGGCUGAAGUUAAAGCGGUUGCUACAAAAGCUUCUCUUCAUUUUAUAGACAAAGCUUCACUUCCAGAAGAUGUCAUUCUUUAUACUGAUGAGGAUGAAUGGUCAACUUGGACGAAGAUAGGUGACAGUGUGCUACACAUCGAGCUCCGGAGGUGGGCCGAUAUUAUGAUUAUUGCCCCUUUGUCAGCAAACACACUUGGGAAGAUUGCUGGUGGACUAUGUGAUAACUUGUUAACCUGCAUCGUACGAGCAUGGGACUACGAUAAACCCCUUUUCGUGGCACCAGCAAUGAAUACAUUGAUGUGGAAUAAUCCAUUCACAGAAAAGCACCUUAUGGUAAUUGAUGAGCUUGGGAUAUCUCUCAUACCACCAGUAUCAAAGAGACUAGCCUGUGGAGAUUACGGGAAUGGAGCAAUGGCUGAACCGUCUCUGAUCU